GCUAUCAACCACUCAGCCAUCUCUCCGAAAGACAGUUUUUAUUUUCUUCUUCCGAAUCGAACAUGGCCAUAGGGGAUGGAUACCCUUACUAUCUGUAGAAAGACCUCAGGUGUGAAUCUACCGAUCGAUCCAUCUAUCCAUCCACCAUAUCCACUUGUGAAAUAAAAAAAGAAAUUCCAUUUCCCUUGACUCCAUGUACGGAUAGAGUGGUAAAGGGGGUGGUAACAAGUCCAAUCGAUUCGUGGUACACGAAAAUCCCUUGAUGAUGUAUUUUCUUAUAUAGGGAUCAAAUGGUAUAGUUUAUUUGUCGGUAUCUUGGAGGAUUAAAAGCAUGACUCUUGUUUUCCAAUUGGCUGUUUUUGCAUUAAUUCUUACUUCAAUAAUCUUAUUGGUUAGCAUACCUGUCGCAUUUGCUUCUCCUGGUGGUUGGUCAAGUAAGAAAAAUGUUGUAUUUUCUGGCGCAUCAUUAUGGAUUGGAUUAGUCUUUCUGGUGGGUAUCCUUAAUUCUCUGAUCUCUUGAACCUAUUCGUCCCAGACCCAAAACAAAAAUGACCCCCCAAAAAAAGAAAAUUAGAGGGGGGUCAAACUUCUUGGAUGAAAAAAAAAGAGAAUUCAUUAGAUAUAGAAAAUAAUUGGAAUCUCUCUGAAGAGAGUCUCCAGCUCGACCCUGCACAAAUAGGAUUCGGGUAUAUAUGAUAAUAUAUCUGUGGAUAUAUUGUGUAUCACGAAUAAAAAACGCGGAUAUAGUCGAAUGGUAAAAUUUCUCUUUGCCAAGGAGAAGAUGCGGGUUCGAUUCCCGUUAUACGCGAUGUGGCGAAAAAGACGGAUUCAACGAGAUAUGCCUUGCCCUGCAUUAAGAUUUCAAACUUGUCGUCUACUUUCAGGAAAUGUUUGGAACAGAGAACUUACAAUAAUACAGCGCCGCAUUCUCCAAAGAUUGAGAAACAAGAAGAGAUCUAUUAAGAGAAAGAUUUAUUCGAGAGAAAAUCUUAACAGUUACAUUCAAUCACAAACAACACGAAAGUUGUCCCUUUUUCAUGGAGAUUUACCCAUCACAGAGAUGCACAGAAGAAGAAAACGAUCAUAUAUCCCUUUUCUACUCAAUCCAGAAACAAGAUCGGACGUUAUUCCGGUUCGUCUCCAUUUUCGUGAAACUAUUCCUCAAGCAAGGCAUAAGAUAAGUCAUCGAAGGGUUUGUGUGAAUAAUAGAAUGGUAAACAUUAUUCAUUUUAAAGUGUCCCACGGUGAUAUAAUAUCUUUUCAAGAAAAUGAUGCGAGAACCCGCGGUGAAGAAAUAAGGAGAUCUUUCUAUAGCGAAAUAUCAGUUGAUAAAUUCAUAGGAAAAUUUCUGGAUCGCCCGGUGAGAAUGUUCCGAAGAACAAAAACAGAAUGGUUCCGAAAACUCAAAACUAAGAAGGAAUGCCGCCUACUACUAAAAUCCCAGUUUUUGCAACAGUUGCGUUCUUCUAUGCAAGAAGAAGACACAAAGAAGUUUGGAUCCAAAAAAGUAUGCUUAGGCAGUUAUUUCGAUGAGCACAACAGAAUGAAGAGGAAUUUGUAUCAUUUCAAAUCCCUAUUCUUAUCGAAGAGAAGGAACGAGAAAAACCGAAAUUUUCCUACUCAAACAAGAAAUCCUAUAGUUUACAACUCUUCUUUAUAUAGAAAUUCGACCUAUUGCUCCGCAUCCCCCCUGAAGUUUACUAUGAAGAGAAAAAUCAAAAGAAUCGAACUACCUACUCAUUAUUCGGAGGUGAAUCAUAGAACACCAAAAGCUGUGGUAUCUUAUGGACCUAACAUAGGUCACAUCCCUCACAACAUAAGAUUGAAAGAUCCAAACCUUCUUCUUCUCCGCGGAAACGAACGUGGCCAAAACAUAUAAAGAUC